GUAAUGCCUGUCGAGAAGAAUGACAUUGUUUGUCCGGAAUCGAUUGAGUCGAGGCAAACAAAGAGGUUUUUGUUCCCGGCGGCCUCGAAGAUUGUGAUACCCUGCCCAAUCACUGUUUGUGGUGGCGCAGUGCGCAACUAGAGCUGCAGGCAAGCGUGAAUCAGGCGGCCAAGUCUCUCAGCCCAUCAGUGUGAGUCUUCAUAGUCAGUGAAUAGGAUCAAACUCACUGGCGUUUUUUGCGUUUUGGGCGUAGAGACGUCCUCAAUAUUUUCUAUAUAUUUUAAGCUUGUCGCAAUGCUUGGACAGGUUUUUCUUUUCUUGGGCAUAGUCUCACUCUUCGCAUCUUGGCUCAUCAAGAAGAAUAACAACGACAACAACUAUAAGAACAUCAGUGACAAUACAACGACAAUGAAGGUCAUGCAAUACACCGCGGUACCAGGGUACUUCUACCAUGAUACAGAACCUGAAGGCCCCGGUUAUCGAGCACGCACUCACCCGGAUCUAGGCCUGCUGGACCGUCCCUACGACACAGACUCCAGAUUUCUCAAUGAGAUCUCUAAGCUUCCUCGCGAUCAGCAAGCAGUAACGCCACAGGACAAGUGGGCGCGUUUCCGGUAUUUCCUCAAAUAUCUGAACGAACGCGGACAGGGAAAAGUUGAAUGGAAACUGUUCUAUGUCGUCAGACACGGCGAGGGAGACCACAAUGUGAAGGAAAAGGAAGUAGGAAGGGCUGAGUGGGAGCGUUACUGGUCGCGUGUCGAUGGCGAUGGCCUUAAAAACUGGUCCGACGCUCACCUUACAGAUUAUGGGCGACAACAAGCAAGCAAUCUGGCUCCUUAUGUCACCAGAGACCGCCUUUGCCAUCCGCAGAGCGUGUACACGAGCCCCUUAGCACGCUGCCUUGAGACGACGGACAUCAUCUACCGUCGGGCCAUGCACGAUAGAUAUAUUCGCCAUGCUAUCAUCAAGGAGAACAUUCGAGAACGCUUCGGAGUGCACGUGUGCGACCGCCGCAGCACGAAAAGCUGGAUCCAGUCCAAUUACCCCUGGAUGAGGACUGAACACGGCUUUUCAGAGAGGGAUGAGCUAUGGAAGCCCGAUCGACGUGAGACGGUGGAAGAAGCUGCAGAGAGAGCGAGGUCAGCCCUACAUGACAUUUGGGAGCACGACAGCAACAUGUUCAUUGCCAUCACGGCCCAUUCCGGAUUCGUCAGGGCUCUAUAUUCUGCCGUCGGUCACGCCGAUGUUUGGUUGGCGCCCGGUGUCAUGAUGCCUGUUCUUAUCAAGAGGGAGGUGGUUGACAGGAAGUAAGAAGGAAAAAAAACUCGGAGUGCAUCUCAUUAAAUGAUACCUACCUAUGCUUCCUGGUUUAGAGGAAGGAGGGAAGGCGUAAUGGAUGGUAUUGACUACGAAUGGGAAACGACGAGGGCAAUGUCCUAAAUUAGCUAGGACGAGUGCUCUUUCUCUCCUCUCUUACUUCGCACAUACCCAGACGCGGUUGCUCUUUAUAGAUUUGAUUUUACGAAUAGGAGGCUAAUUGAUUUUUAUACAUAAAAACACUGAGAAC